GCUCACAUUUAUUUUAGCACAACCUCGGUACAGUCCUAUAUAUACACUGAUACACAGACAAUAACAUACUGUAUUUACUUCACUCUUUCUCCAACAUUACCUCAAAUACUCAAGCACUCGCUCUAGUUCGCUACUUUCUGUGGAAAAUGGAAAAACAAGCACUUUCUACAAUGGAAGAACUUCUAAGUGCUGCAUUACAUGGUGAGGACUUAUGUUAUCCUCUCCUUGGUAAAAGCAACACUUGGUAUCCUGAAUCUCAAUGGGAACUCGAGUACGACCUCGUCGAUCAAUUUAUCACGUCACCGCCUUCUUAUACUUCGAAUGAUAGCAGUGAAAUAAUAAGCCACGAUGAUUACGAGUUUUACGACAACCACAACAACGAUGAUGGAAAUGAUAAUGCAAGUACUGUGAAGAUGUUGAUGAUUGAGAACCAUAAUAAUAAGAAAGUGAGUGAGAAGCAAGCAGUGAAUGGAGGUAAGAGGAAGAGAAAAAGGAAAGAAAGCCAAGUUCAAGAUCACAUCUUAGCUGAGAGAAAGCGUCGGGAAACACUUGCCCAAUUGUUCAUUUCUCUCUCAACUUUGAUUCCUGGUCUUAAGAAGAUUGAUAAAACCUCGAUCUUAAGAGGAGCAAUCAAACACAUGAAACACCUCCAAGAGAGAGUAAAUGUACUUGAAAAUUUGGGUGCUCAACAAAAGAAUCUCAAGUCACUGGUGGUGGUCAAGAAAUGUCAAUUGACAGUGGAUAAUGACGACGACAACAACGAUGAUAAUGGUUCCUUUUCAAUAAUUGAUGAUAAUGGUAGUAGCAACGAUGCAAUUUAUCUUAACAACUCGAUACCAGAAAUUCAAGUUAAGACAACGGAUGACACUCUUCUAUUAAGAGUACACUGUGAACAACAAAAGGAUAUUAUGACCAAGUUAUUUGAUGUUGUUGUCAAACAUCAUAUGAGCGUCGCUCAUUGUGCCGUCAUACCAUUUACAAACCUAGCCAUAGACAUUACCAUUGUUACACAGAUGGAAGACGGCUUCAGCAUGGAUGUGAAAGAUUUUGUUCGAUCUAUUCGAUACAUCCUCCAUCCGGCUAGCUAGUCCCAGAUUCCAAGCAACUGAGUGUAGGUCAUGAUUUAACUUGUUGCUCUUUGUAAUGUCAUUCUAAAUAUAUUCAAAUAGUUAAUGUAUGAUGUAUGCAAAUCCGGGCAUCUUAAUGGUUUUUGUCUUCCUCUUUUUUCUGGAUAUUUCUAGUUUUCUACCCUUGUUCUUGACCAAAAUCUAUGUAUUUGUUAUGAUUUUGAUG